ACACCACUUACUCCCUUUUCGCAACAUCCACACACACACUCUCUCUCCCUCUCCAUACACAUUCAAUACACAAUGAGCGCUCGCAAACCCCGACGUGCCCAUUCGAAUCAGGGCCAUAACAACAAUAACCCACGAAACCAUCAGCAUCCUCCCCACCUCAGCCAGGGCGGUUUCGCCCAACCCUCCGACUACGACUCCGACUACCAGACCUAUCUCUCGGACACUCAACAACAACCACAACCUCAAGCUACAAUGGCAACGAACACCACCCCUCUACCACCGCUGCGCACCAACGAGGACCUCAACCUAGCCGUCCUCCGACGCCACAACCCCGCCAUCACCUCUAUCCUCUCGCUAGCCCAAUACGCAGUGGUCUAUAUCUUCAGCCCGGCGACGCGGCAAUGGGAGAAAAGCAGCGUGGAAGGCACGCUGUUCGUCUGUCAACUAGCGCAGGGCCCGCUGGGCGAGGAGCGGUACAGCGUGUUCGUGCUCAACCGGCGGGGGCUCAACAAUUUCGACCUACUGCUCACGGACGGCGACAACGUCGAGAUCACCGAGGAAUACAUCAUCCUGAAAUCGGAUCACGCGCCGGAGGGCUUGGGCCAUGUCGCUGGGGCACCGCCACCGCAACAGCAGCAGGUGAAUCCUACAGGCACGGGUGCGAGUGCGGCCGGCAAAUCCCCUGGCAGUGACAUCCGCAUCUACGGGUUGUGGAUCUACAGCGAGCCGCCGCCGAACUCGACGGCCGAGACGCGCAACAUCAACGCGCAGAUGAUCCGCGAGUGUGCCGUGCAUGCCGGCGAGAGCUUGAAGCUGGCGCGCGAGCGACUGGAGGCCACGCGGCAGAAUGGGCUGCAUAUGGCGGCGGCGACCGCGGCGGCAGCGACCACGACCGCCGCGCCGCUCGACGAGGUCCAGUCGGACGUCGUGCCGAUGGCGCGCCAGAUCUCGCUCAAGGAUAUCUUUGGGCAGCAGCGCGCGCAGGAUGAUGCCUGGAGCGUGCGCGCGCAUCAGCUCGCGCCGGCUGACUGGCAGCAUGCACCGCCCCCGCCCCCGCCGGGGGCUGGGCCUGGUCCUGGACCAGCUCAAGGCUCGGUUGCAGCCGCCCCGGCACCGCAGCCGGACGUCCUGGGGGAUUUGUUUCGGCGGGCCGGGCUGGCGUAUCAAGGGACUCAGUGAGGGGGUGGUUGUGUAUCUUUGGCCGGAGGCAGGAAAGAUGAGAUACCCAUGAACGACAUGCAAGAUGAUUCAGCACAGAUAGAAGCCGUUGCUUGAAGUGGAUGUAUAGAUUCCGUAGCCCAUCCCAACGCUC